AUGACCCAAGCACUCGGUGACAUGGAGCCGGCGGAGGCAGAGUCCGUCUACUUCAAUGAAUAUCCCCCACCCAAGGCCCUCCCCAGACACGAAGCUCUCGCCCGAGCCUUCAUCGAACAACAUGUCGUAGAAAAGCGGCGCGUGGUACUUGUAACCUCUGGUGGAACCACAGUGCCCCUGGAGGCACAGACAGUGCGAUUCAUCGACAACUUCUCCGCAGGAACCCGUGGCGCCACAUCUGCGGAGUAUUUCUUGCAGGAGGGAUAUGCAGUGAUCUUCUUACAUCGGCAAUACAGUCUGCUGCCUUAUUCGCGACACUACAGUCACUCGACAAAUUGUUUCCUGGACUUUAUGGACGAGGCAGCACCCGCUUCUGAUUCGCCGAAUGUGGAUCACGGGUCAAUUCAGGUCCGUAGCGAAUAUCAAGAUGAGAUGCGCGAUGUCUUGCGCAAGUACCGCUACGCUAAGCAGAACAAUCGUCUGCUGUUGUUGCCGUUCACUACGGUCGCAGAGUACAUGUUUGAGUUGCGGUCGUUGGCUAAGUUGAUGCGACCGCUUGGUCCCAAUGCGCUAUUCUAUCUCGCUGCGGCCGUCAGCGAUUUCUUCAUCCCGCGCCACCGCAUGGCCGAGCACAAGAUUCAAUCUUCAGAGAUACCAGCGAAUCUGGAAAAUGACACUGCUCUCGGCUCCGAUGAUAUCUACACAGGGGAGAACGAAUUCCAGCCUCCUAAGAACUCAAAGAAGCUCGUCGUCAACUUGGAUCCGGUCCCGAAGUUCCUGCACCGCUUAGUCGAUGGCUGGGCCCCCGAUGGAAGUAUGGUUGUCUCAUUCAAGCUGGAGACUGACCCCUCUCUCUUGGUGUACAAGGCGCGGACGGCGCUGCAGCGCUACUCUCACCACUUGGUUAUUGGUAACCUCCUCUCCACUCGGAAAUGGGAGGUAGUCUUUAUCACGCCAGACCCGCCUUAUGAGCGAUGGAUCCGUGUGCCCAAGACUCGUCGUAGCAAAAGUAUUUCUGGGGUCGAGGAUCUGGUCGGACUCGCGGAGAUUCAAAAGGGCGGGGCUGUUCAACAACCAUCACAGACGGUGGAGAACCCGCCACCAGGUGCGAGGGAUCAUGAUGGUAUUGAAAUUGAGAGCUUGAUUAUCCCGGAGUUGGUUAAGCUGCACGGACGGAUGAUUCAAAAGAACACUCCUGAUCAACAGGAAUCUUAA